AUGCCCAAUUGGCGCGAUAUUCUCCUCGUCUCACUCUUCAUCAUAGUAUGGCCCAUCACCAAACUCUUCUAUGUGAUUCUCUUCCUGCUGGCCCCAAUAUGGACACUUGUCAGCUUCAUUCUUCUGCCAUUCAACCACCUUGCGCAGACUAUUUACAGCAUCAUUACAUUGCCAUUCAGUGUGAAGUGGUUGGAGCGCAUUGAGACGCUCUAUGUCUAUCUCGGAACAGCUGCUCUGAUCGGCGGCCUCACAGGGGCCGUCAUCUUCGCCAUCUUCAAGUUCAUCUCCGCAAGUCUCAACAUCGACUCAACCGUUGUGCCCCCGCCCAAAGAACGCGUCCGAAGUGCUGCUGAGUUCCGAGCUGCCCAGCGUGAGAAGCGGGAGGAAAAGAUUGAUUUUACCCCAGCACCUACCCCAGUUGUACUUAAGAAGAUGCCGGGCUCCCGUAGGAAAGGACUUCUGUCUCAAGCUAUCAUGGAGGAGGAAGAUUCGGACUUUUGA